AUCUAAAGAAAGCUCAAGUUAAGUAGGCAACCAAGUGCGGAAAAGAUAGUAGUGAGAGAAGAACUUAUUAUCAUCUAGUCGAAGCCUACUCUUUUCUCUUUUCACUUUUCACUUCCUAUCUUCAUUUCACUCCACUUCCUAUCUUCCGUUUACGCGAAACGGCAAAUCCAUCAUCCGAACUGUGCUGUGGCAACAGAGUCCAUGUCGUUGCUGCUACUGCCACCCAAACCUCCCCCAAUACUCUCUCCGUUCACCGUCGCUAUUUCCACUAUCAGCCUUAAACCCUUACCCUCCUUCAAACCUCCACGUUGCACUCCAAACUCCACACUUCCCAUUUCCGUCUCUCCGCCAACAACAGACACAAAUGCAACAACUCCAAAGAAGGUUCUUCUUCCCAUCGGUUUCGGCACCGAGGAAAUGGAAGCCGUUAUCUUAAUUCACGUCCUCCGCCGUGCUGGUGCUCUUGUCACCGUAGCUUCCGUUGAGCCUCAACUUCAAAUUGAAGCUUCUGGAGGUACCAAAUUAGUCGCCGACACUUCCAUUUCCGAUUGCUCUAAUCAAAUCUUCGAUCUCAUCGCUUUACCGGGAGGAAUGCCUGGUUCAGCAAGAUUAAGGGAUUGUGAUGUGCUGAGAAGAAUCACAUGCAAACAAGCGGAGGAAAAUAGGCUCUACGGUGCGAUAAAUGCUGCUCCUGCUGUCACGCUUUUGCCAUGGGGUCUUUUGAAGAGAAGGAAGAUAACCUGUCACCCUGCAUUUUUCCACAAGCUUCCUACGUUUUGGGCUGUUAAAACAAACAUUCAGGUUUCAAAAGGGCUCACAACGAGCCGUGGCCCUGGAACUGCUUACAUGUUUGCUUUAACCUUGGCUGAGCAGCUUUUUGGGGAGUCUGUUGCAAGGGAGGUUGCUGAAUUCUUGUUGAUGAGAACCAGUGAUGAUAAUGUAUCCAAGAAGGAGUUCAAUGAAAUUGAGUGGUCUGUUGGCCACCCUUACCCCAGUGUUCUCAUCCCAAUUGCACAUGGUUCUGAAGAGAUUGAAGUAGUGACACUGAUAGAUAUUCUAAGGCGAGCAAAAGCUAAUGUCAUUGUUGCUUCUGUUGAGAAAACUCUUGGAGUCAUGGCUUCUCAAGGAACCAAAAUUGUUGCUGAUAAGUUACUUAGUGAUGUUCAAGAGUCAGCACAUGAUUUGAUUAUUCUCCCGGGAGGAACUGCUAGCACUCAAAGGCUAAGCAAAUCUAGAAUUCUGAAGAAGCUUCUAAAAGAACAAAAUUCAGCUGGUAGAAUAUACGGGGCCGUCUGCUCCUCACCUGCUAUUCUACACAAACAUGGUUUACUAAAGGACAAGAAGGCCACAGCUCAUCCCUCUGUCUUAGACAAGCUGAAAGACGGAGCUGUAGCUGUAACUGAUGCGGCAGUAGUUAUUGAUGGAAAACUGAUCACUAGUGAGGGACUUGCCAGUAUAACUGAUUUUGCUUUAGCUAUUGUGAGCAAGUUAUUUGGUAAUGGAAGAGCGAGAAGUGUAGCAGAAGGCCUUGUUUUCGAGUAUCCUAAGAAAUAGAGCAUGUAGUUUCAAGUACUUGUAGGUGGGAUAGAAAAAUUAUAGGCCACGUACUCCAGCCCAGGCCUAAUAGUUGAAUGAUACUACCAAUCACCAUCUCCUCUGAGUCUCAUUUUUCGAGGGAUGGUUGUAUAUGAAAAAUAACUGCAGGUUACACAAAAUUAGAACUUGAGUAUCAACAUGGUUGAACAUGCUAUGUGAUUCUAGUCCUAAAGGCAUGGUUGUCCAGGAUAAUCUCUUAAUUCUACUAUGUUGAAAAUAGAGCAGGACUGAUAUUGUGUGAAAAUAUCCACACCUCA